GUUUAAAAAUGUAAUCAGGCAAGCUUUUGCGUAAUGAAUAUUUCGGUUGCCCGGUGAGUGAAAACACAACUGGUCGAAGCGAUGGCGCGCAACAUACUGAAGACCAGCCUGGACAGUGCUAAGUUUAGCAUUAUUUUCCAAAUUUUAUUCAGGUGCAUCACGUUUGUUUUAAAUGCGUUUAUCAUCCGGCAUGUGGGCCAAGAUGUGCUUGGCAUUAUGAAUGUGCGUCUACUUCUUUUGGAGUCGACAUUAAUUUUUCUUUCGCGCGAGCCGUUGAUCAAAGCUUGUCUGUCUGAUUCCAAAUCGCACAAUUGGGCGCAGGUUUUAAACCAAAUCUGGUUGUCUGUGCCAAUUAGUGCUACUUUUGGUUUUAUCCUAACUUACAUAUGGUUGCAUGUGUUGAGUGGUACAGAGGAUAAAUAUUUAGCACAAUAUCAUUAUGGAUGCUUUGCAAUUCUUGUGUCAGUGAUCAUUGAUCAGAUGACACAGAGUGUGGUGCUUGUUGCACAAAGUUAUUGCUUUGUUAAGUUAAAGGUUAUUGUAGAUACAAUUUAUGUUAUUGUCCGCACAGCCACGUUUGUGAUAUUGGUUUUGUGGCAACCGGAAUAUGCGAUCAAUGCAUUUUCCAUCGCUCAAGUCCUCUCGUCCAUAGUGCUAUCUGCAUGCUACUAUGGCUUCUUCUAUUGGUACAUUGAAAAUCUCAAUGUGAUCAAAAAGAAGGGCGCUGAUUACAAACAUCAGUCCAAAAUGUUUCAGGAUAUGCAUGACUUUGAAUUCAAGAGUAUCAGAGAGUUUAUGCCGUAUUCCAUGGAAAAUUCAGAAAGUCCAUUAAAUAAGGAUCUAGUCAUAUUAACUGUUAGUUUUGCAAAGCAGAGUUUUGUCAAGCAGAUUCUCACUGAAGGCGAGCGAUACGUAAUGACAAUCUCGCCAGUUUUAACUUUUAGUGAACAAUCCAUGUAUGAUAUUGUUAAUAAUUUAGGAAGUUUAGCUGCUAGAUUUGUAUUCCGGCCAAUUGAAGAAAGCGCUUAUUUUUACUUCACGCAGAUGAUUAGAAGAGAAGUUCCACUUUUACAACAAGACCAAAAAGCAAUAGUUGAAUCAGCAACCGUACUAAGCCAACUGCUGAAAGUAGUGACGUCGAUUGGAUUGAUCGUAGUGAUUUUCGGCCAUAACUAUUCGCAUACACUACUGUACCUGUAUGGAGGACACGUGCUCACCGAUAGUUAUCUCCCAACGACGCUGCUCAAGUGUCACUGCUUCGCCGUACUCCUGUUGGCGGUAAACGGCGUCACCGAGUGUUAUGUCUUCGCCACGAUGGACAAUCGCCAGCUGGAUAAGUACAACUACUUGAUGGUGAUCUUCAGUGUCAGUUUCCUCGCCAUCUCGUAUCUGCUCACCAAUACGCUGGGUCCAGUCGGCUUUAUUCUAGCGAAUUGUAUUAAUAUGAGUGCGAGGAUUGCGCACAGCAUACAUUUCAUCCGCAAUCAGUACGGAAGUUCCAGUCAUCGUCCGCUGGACGGUCUCAAGCCAGACAAGUUUUUCUCCAUCCUGUUGGCCGUUUCGUUCGUCGUGACAAAACUUUCAGACAUGUACGUCUAUCAGUGGUCUAUCGUCCUGCACAUCUUCAUCGGCGGCUUGUGUUGCCUUACCACUCUAUUCGCGUGGGCGUGGGAGAAUAAGAGCUUGUUGAUGUUGGGCGUCGAGCGGUACAAGCGGCGGACGUCGUUGAUAAAUAAAGAUGACUGAGGGUGAAGAAUUAAA